AUGCAACUCUUCAAGGCAUACCUGUUGACUGCCCUUGUCUUGGUGGCACCCGUGUCUACCGCAACCAUCCAGAAGCGCGACACUGUUGAUGUCUUCAUCUGGGGCAGUACCAGCUUUCAAGACUACACCGAAACCUACACCUUCAAUCCCGGUGACUGCCAGGCUAUCACUGCUCCAGCAUCCGGCUCAGUGGGAUCCGCAACAGUCGACGAAAAUGCUACAUGCAAUGUUUACGCGAGCUCAGAUUGCUCGGGUGGUGUAGCAGGAACCUUUAGCGCGCCAGGUAUCUCUGAUACUGGCUCCCUUGGGAGCAAAUUUGGUAGUGUUUCGUGCACUAUUCCCGAUUCCUCGGGUAGUGCGACUACCACGUCGAGUGCUGUUAGCGAGCCGACUGAUGUUUGCGAUGCGUGA